UUUCAUAAAAUGCCAAUCCAACUACUGAUGGGGCAAGCCCACAACCAUGUGAUGCACAGACAGGUGACAAUUAAUUGACAUUCCCUCUCGUCAUAUUUGACAGACAGGUAAGCAACCACUAUUGACAAGGGCGUGGGUAGAUUCCGUCCGCGGGAAGAUAUUUUUAUUUAAUCCAAACAAACUUCCGUAUAUAGGCUACAUUUAUUAACCUUAUUCAAAUCGGAGAAGUGAUUUUAAAAAACAUCGAUUGCAUUGGAGUCUUCUACACUGGACUGGCUACUGGCUACAAGAGAGCGACGUCGCGGGGAUUGAAGUGGCGUCUGCGGGCAUGGGUUUGGUGUCUGCUGUUGAGCACUGAAUAUGGCGGAGCAAAGGCAAGAUAUGUACAUAGAAGGCGAGCUCACGGGAGAUCAUUACAUGGAGGACCCGGAGCUUGAAGCUAUCAAGGCGCGGGUGCAAGAGAUGGAGGAAGAGGAGCGGCUGAGAGCAGUGCAGUAUGAGGCAACAGAGAGGCAGAUCCAGGCAGGAAUGUUCUAUACAAUGACCCAUGAGGAAAGGAUAGAUGCUGACAACAGAUCUGUCUAUGUGGGAAAUGUGGAGUAUGGUGCCACUGCAGAUGAGUUGGAGAUCCAUUUCAAUGGCUGUGGUCCUGUCAACAGAGUAACCAUCCUUUGUGACAAAUUCUCUGGCCAUCCCAAGGGUUUUGCAUACAUUGAGUUCCAUGACAGGGACUCAGUGCAGACUGCCAUGAGCCUGGAUGAGACGGUAUUCAGAGACAGAGUCAUAAAGGUAUUGCCUAAAAGGACCAACAUGCCAGGAAUCAGCACCACAGACAGGGGGAUUCACAGAGGUGCUCGAUCCAGGGGGCGAGGUUUCCACCCACCCAGAUACAAUGGGUAUCAACAAGGCAGGUUCCGCUACAAUACUGGCCCUGCCAGGUCAGUCUCACCACACCCCUACGGGCCCCCAGCUGGGAAGAGACACUGGGGGGUUCCUGAGCACCGUGAGCAGGGCCCUAAACGGCACCCAUGCCUUCUUCUCAUAACUCCACCCACUGACCACUCUGGGCCGGGGCACAGUGGACACAUGCACCCGCAGCAACACUACUGAAUCACGUCUGGAUUCAAGUUAUUGUUUGAUAUCAACAUGGAAUGAGAAUUUCAGGAAAUCGUGUCUUGCUCGUCUCUACUCUACUCAUUUGCAAAUUAUUUUCAAUGCAUGUUAAUGGGCAGAAAUCGAGAGCAAAGCAGAUUUCAACCUCAUUGAAUUAAUUCAUAUGGCAAAUUUUGUUUGUCUCUAUAAAAAGUUAUUGCAACUUAAUCCUAACAAGAAAGACUUUGCAAUGGCCAUUUUGUCCUCUUAUUGUAGGGGAAAUGGAUGAGGCCAGCCUUGGUUUGCUGCUUAAUACGGUUAAAGAUUGUGCCUAUGGUGUUGUUUUUAUUUAUUGAGCAGUUUCUGUGCCAUUAUUUACCCCAAUAACUUUGAAUGCACAGCCAUUUGCCAUGUCAGAUACUUUUUUUUUUUAAAGGAUGUUUUGAUCAGAUCACUCAUUCUGUUGGUGUGGCUAUCGAGCUUGUAAGUAUAGUUGUUGUAAAACACAAAUGAUAACAUUUGGUGUGAUUGGCUUUCUUUUUGUAACUAUAUUGACAUGCAAUUGGCAGUUUGAGCGACUGAGUGGUUGCUAUGUACUUGAAGCAAUGUUUAUCGCUGUAUAUAAUUUGUCAACCAUCUUUUGCUUUAGAAAUGAAUAAAUGAAUUACACUUGAGUGCUUAUUUGAAA